UUUUUUUAAUUUUUUUGUUCAAAGUGGAGGAAGUUAUGGAUUUAACAUACUUGAUAUUUUGAGAAGAAUGCCUGCUCUACAGAAAAUAGUAUCCUGUCUAACCGGAUCAGUAAAUUCAUACGCAAUGUAUAACCGGGUAAAGUGCGACAGUAUAUUACUGCAGACUUGUUUACAGUAUUGUUAACGUUUAAAUUAAAAUGGACACUUCUUAAUAAUUCAGUUGCUGACGGUAAUUUUUUCGGUUUUUACAGAAGGUGUGCCGCAGGUGGGAGAUCAGCAAACAAAACUGGAACAGAAAUGGAUGAAAAUGCACAACCACUGUUCACUUUUGGAGUCAUAGCAGAUAUACAGUAUGCUGAUAUCGAAGAUGGCUUCAACUUUCUACAGACUAGGAAGAGAUAUUACAGAAAUAGUAUCAGUUUAUUGAACAGUGCUACUGAGAAGUGGAAUGCGGAACCAGUCCAACCCAGUUUUAUUCUACAGCUUGGUGAUAUUAUUGAUGGUUUUAAUAAACCACGCAAAGCCUCAGAAAAGGCUCUUCAAACAGUAGUAAAUGGGUUUAAUAAAUGCAAAGCUAAAGCCCAUCAUGCCUGGGGAAACCAUGAGUUUUACAACUUCAGCAGGGAUUACUUAAUGAAUUCUGUUCUUAAUAGUAAACACUUGGAAAGCACUUCAGAGUUUCAAUUUGCUAAACAUGUUCAGGAAAAUAACCCAGAGCCAAGCUACUCGUACCAUUUUAGCCCUGCUCCUAAUUUCCGGUUUGUGUUGCUUGACGCCUAUGACAUGAGCAUAAUAGGAAGAAGAGAACCAAGCAGGAAAUACUACCAGUCUCUUAAAUAUCUACAAGAACAUAACAAGAAUAAAAAUCGUAAUGUACCACCAGAACCUACAGGAAUGGAACAGCGGUUUGUCGAGUUCAAUGGAGGAUUCAGCAGAGAGCAGCUUGACUGGUUAAAUGAUGUUCUCACCUUCGCAGAUAAUAACCAAGAAAAGGUCACAGUUAUGUGUCAUCUUCCCAUAUACCCAGCCUCUACAAGCCCCAUCUGUCUUGCAUGGAACUAUGAAGAGGCACUUUCUGUCUUGCACUCCCACCAUUGUGUGGUGUGUUUCAUGGCAGGCCAUGAUCAUGAUGGUGGUUACUGCGUGGAUGAGUGUGGAAUACAUCACCUUACAUUGGAAGGGGUGAUUGAAACGCCACCAGAUGGCGAUGCAUUUGGUACAAUGUACGUAUAUGAGGACAGAAUGAUUUUAAAGGGAAACGGUAGAGUUAAAGACAGAGUACUACUGUACCCAUCAUUUUAACUUUCUUUGUGUUUGGUUCACCUGUGAAACACAGUGCAAGGCUAUGUGAUGUCAAAUUCGUUUUAAGUCAAUAUUACUUUUGGUUUCUUUUUUAAUUGUGUUUUCAACUGACAAUGUUUCUAUUUAUUAGAUUAUCAUUAUUUUGCUGAUCUAAAAAAAUGUCUGUCGCGCAAUCAUAGUUCUGCAAGCCCUUAGCUGAGCCACACUUGCUGUUGAGAUCUGAGCUUUGGUCCCUCAACAAUAGUAAUCCCCCUAUUGGUUAUGCAUAUGGCAUGCAUAUCCUAAAUGGGUGUAGACACACAUCCUGUCUCAAUUAGGAACAUCAAAACUCAUAUAUAAAUCACUUGUGAUCCUGGUUUGAAAUCUUUAUUUAAAUGCUGAACUGGUUGACUACAUUAUAGAUUGUAGUACCAGAUUCAUUAUGAAUAGCACUUAAAUGCAAUUGUUGUACUGUAUGAUGCAGGUCAAAGGGACAAUGUUUAUUACUGUUAUGCCAUAUUGAAGCAUAAUAUAAGCACAAUUAACUAUUAGCUCAUGCAUUACUGUAAGUAUACUGUAUUGUACUUGAUACAUGCCUGUGCUCAGGAAUUAUUACUUGUGUAUUACGUGUUUAACUUAAAUAAAUA